GGAGGCGUGCCCGCCCCUCCUGGGCCCCUGCGGCAACGAUGGGGGAUGGAGGAAGAGGAGCCAGCAGGAAGAAGUCGGGAAAACUAAUCUCCAGGACCAGGACUCCGCUUCCAGCCUCUGGAGCUCUGCCUAGGCGAAGAAGUGCCCACCCCCUCGGGUCCUGCCUGCCAUGAGACCUGUCAGUGUGUGGUAUUACUGCUCAUGGGGACUGCUGCUGCUAUGCAGCUCCAGCGUGGGGUCUCCAUCCCCUUCCAUUGACCCAGAGAAGAAGGUGGGAAGCCAGGGGCUGAGGUUCCGGCUGGCAGGCUUUCCUAGAAAGCCCUAUGAGGGCCGUGUGGAAAUACAACGUGCCGGUGAGUGGGGCACCAUCUGUGACGACGACUUCACGCUACAGGCUGCCCAUGUCCUCUGCCGGGAGCUGGGCUUCACAGAAGCCACAGGUUGGACCCAUAGUGCCAAAUAUGGCCCAGGAACAGGCCGGAUCUGGUUGGACAAUCUGAGCUGCAGUGGGACUGAGGGGAGUGUGACAGAAUGUGCCUCCCGGGGCUGGGGAAACAGUGACUGUACCCAUGACGAGGAUGCUGGGGUCAUCUGCAAGGACCAGCGCCUUCCUGGCUUCUCAGACUCCAACGUCAUUGAGGUGGACCAUCACCUGCAAGUGGAAGAGGUGCGACUCCGACCCGCUGUGGAGUGGGGCCGGCGGCCCCUGCCUGUGACUGAGGGCCUGGUUGAAGUCAGGCUUCCAGAUGGUUGGUCGCAAGUGUGUGACAAAGGCUGGAGUGCCCACAACAGCCAUGUGGUCUGCGGUAUGCUGGGCUUCCCUGGAGAAAAGAGAGUCAACAUGGCCUUCUACAGAAAAAUCAACAAGUCUAAAGUCAAACACAAGCCCCGAGUGGGCAGGGGGCCAAGCAAGAGGAUGCUGGCCCAGAAGAAGCAGCACUCCUUCGGUCUGCAUGGGGUAGCGUGUGUGGGCACAGAAGCCCACCUCUCCCUUUGUUCUCUGGAGUUCUAUCGGGCCAAUGACACCAGCAGGUGCUCUGGGGGAAGCCCUGCAGUGGUGAGCUGUGUGCCCGGCCCUCUUUACUCCACCUCAACUGGGCAGAAGAAGCACCAACAGCCAAAGCCUCAGGGGGAGGCUCGUGUGCGUCUAAAGGGUGGUGCCCACCCUGGAGAGGGCCGAGUGGAAGUCCUGAAGGCUGGCACGUGGGGAACAGUCUGUGACCGAAAGUGGGACCUGCAGGCAGCCAGCGUGGUGUGUCGAGAGCUGGGCUUUGGCACUGCUCGAGAGGCCCUGAGUGGUGCUCGCAUGGGACAGGGCAUGGGUGCUAUCCACUUGAGUGAAGUUCGGUGCUCUGGCCAGGAACCCUCCCUCUGGAAGUGUCCCUCCAAGAACAUCACAGCUGAGGACUGUUCCCAUAACCAGGAUGCCGGUGUACGAUGCAACCUCCCCUAUACUGGAGUGGAGACUAAGAUCCGACUGAGUGGGGGCCGAAGCCGUUAUGAGGGUCGAGUCGAGGUGCAAAUAGGGGUACCGGGGCAUCUUCGCUGGGGCCUCAUCUGUGGGGAUGACUGGGGAACACUGGAGGCCAUGGUGGCCUGUAGGCAACUUGGUCUGGGCUACGCCAACCAUGGCCUGCAGGAGACCUGGUACUGGGACUCAGGGAAUGUAACUGAGGUGGUGAUGAGUGGCGUGCGUUGCACAGGGUCUGAGCUGUCCCUGAACCAAUGUGCCCAUCAUAGCACCCCCAUCACCUGCAAGAGGACAGGAACCCGCUUCACCGCAGGAGUCAUCUGUUCUGAGACUGCUUCAGACCUGCUGCUGCACUCGGCGUUGGUACAGGAGACUGCUUAUAUUGAGGACCGACCCCUGCACAUGUUGUACUGUGCUGCUGAAGAGAACUGCCUGGCUAGUUCCGCCCGCUCGGCCAACUGGCCCUAUGGCCACCGGCGUCUGCUCCGAUUCUCUUCCCAGAUCCACAACCUAGGAAGAGCCGACUUUAGGCCCAAGGCUGGGCGCCAUUCUUGGGUGUGGCAUGAGUGCCAUGGGCAUUACCACAGUAUGGACAUCUUCACUCACUAUGACAUCCUGACCCCCAACGGCACCAAGGUGGCCGAGGGCCACAAAGCCAGUUUCUGUCUAGAAGAUACUGAGUGUCAGGAGGAUGUCUCAAAGAGGUACGAGUGUGCCAACUUUGGAGAGCAGGGCAUCACCGUGGGAUGCUGGGAUCUCUACAGACACGACAUUGACUGUCAGUGGAUUGACAUCACAGAUGUGAAACCAGGAAACUACAUUCUUCAGGUGGUUAUCAACCCAAAUUUUGAGGUAGCAGAGAGUGACUUUACCAACAAUGCAAUGAAGUGCAAUUGCAAAUACGAUGGUCAUCGCAUCUGGGUACACAACUGCCACAUUGGUGAUGCCUUCAGUGAAGAAGCCAACAGGAGGUUUGAGCGCUACCCUGGCCAGACCAGCAACCAGAUUGUCUGAAAUACCACCACCCUUUCAGCAAACCACCACUGGCCCCCCAAUGGCAGGGGUCUGAGGCUGCCAUUACCUCAGGAGCUUACCACAAGAACCCCUGAUGUCAGCAGGCCCACUACACUCAUCCACCUGUGCACUACGGAUGACAAACAGUUGAGCAGAAGUUGGUGCCUCCCCUACUGGGUCAGCUGUCAGUACCUUUGGCCAAGCAUGGAGAAUCAGCCAACAGACAGAACACACCACACAGAACUGUCCCAGCAGAAAGGCAGCAGCAGCUCAUUCCUUGAACAGGGAGGUCAGGAAGGUCAGCUCCCACAGCUCUCCUAAGUACCGCUUUACCUCUAGCCUUUUGGUGGGGGAAAAGAUCCAGCCCCCAUUUAUGACUGAAACAUGUUGCUAGGUAUAAUUUUAUUUUAUAUAAAAUGUGUUCUUCAGA